GAGAGAGAGAGAAUGGCAUCUUAAUUUGCUAGAGCCACUGGUUUUCUAGAGAGAGAAGAGAGGUUUUGAGCGAGAGAGCUUUAAAAAGUUCAACGACUUCUGAAGAAAUUUAUGGCGCCUGUGCUGUGCUGUGUAGCUUAAUUUUUAGUGAGAGAAAAAUACAGUGAGAGAGAGAGAGAGAGCAAUGUCAACCAGUCUGGCCUCAAUAAAUUGCUCACCUAUAAAUCUCUCUCUAUAAUACUCCAUUUUGUACUACCACACAUCACACACCUCCACUUCCAUAUCUUCUGCUUCCUCUCCUGCUUCUUCUCUACUCCAACACCAAACCACCACCUUAUAAUCCUCAUCAAUCAUCAAUAUUAUUAUUCCUCUCUACCCAUUUUUUGUUUAGAUCCAUCAAGUUUCAAAGUCCCUUCCUUUUCUCAAUCAAAUCUCUCAAACAUUCAUGAAACUCCCUACCUGGGUUUUUCUCUAAGGUACGUUUUGCAGUAGCUUCUUCCACUUCUUCACAUUAACUCACACCAAUAAAGCAACUUUCCCGGAAAACAACAUUUUCUCGGGAAAAUAUUUUGGAGGAAAACAGGUUCUGGGUUUGCUUGCUGGUAUCUGGUUCAGUGAUUGAGUGCGGAUUUUGCAUCGCCGUUUUCUGAGUUUUUGGGUUUGGUUUACCAUUACGUGGCGGACAAGUAAAAUAUGGAGAUUGGGACGGCGUUGCUGGUUUUGACGGCGAUCACGGCUUACCUCCUUUGGUUCACCUUCAUCUCACGGUCGCUAAAGGGUCCACGUGUCUGGCCGUUACUGGGUAGUCUCCCGGGUCUCAUCGAAAACUCGGACCGGUUGCACGACUGGAUCUGUGACAACCUACGCGCCUGCGGCGGGACGUACCAAACCUGCAUCUGUGCCAUCCCCUUCCUCGCGAAAAAGCAAGGCCUCGUGACCGUCACAUGCGACCCGAAUAAUCUGGAGCACAUACUCAAGACCCGGUUCGACAACUAUCCCAAGGGCCCCACCUGGCAAUCCGUGUUUCACGAGCUGUUGGGCGAGGGCAUCUUCAACUCGGAUGGCGACACGUGGCUGUUUCAGAGGAAGACGGCCGCACUGGAAUUCACGACCCGGACGCUGCGCCAGGCCAUGGCUCGGUGGGUCAGCCGAGCCAUCAAGCUAAGGUUCUGCCCAAUUCUCAAGUCGGCUGAGCUUCAAGCGGAGCCGGUUGAUCUCCAAGACUUGUUACUUCGGCUUACUUUCGAUAACAUAUGCGGCUUGGCUUUUGGAAAGGAUCCGCAGACGUGCGCCCCAGGUCUUCCCGACAACGGCUUUGCCACAGCCUUCGACCGAGCCACCGAAGCCUCGCUGCAGCGGUUUAUUCUGCCCGAGGUGUUGUGGAAGGUGAAAAAGUGGCUUGGGCUUGGAAUGGAAGUCACCUUGAGCCGAAGCCUUGUGCAUAUUGAGGAGUAUUUAUCCGAUGUGAUUGCAUCCCGUAAGCUCGAGUUGCUGAGUCAGCAAAAAGAUGGGAACCCACACGAUGAUUUGUUGUCACGGUUCAUGAAGAAAAAAGAGAACUACUCGGACACUUUUCUCCAACACGUGGCGCUCAAUUUCAUCUUAGCUGGACGCGACACGUCAUCGGCCGCGUUGAGCUGGUUCUUUUGGUUGAUCACUCUUAAUCCAGUAAUUGAAGAGAAAAUCCUCCGUGAAAUUUGCACUGUUCUGAUCGAGACACGUGGUAAUGAUGUGACGAAUUGGUUGGACGAGCCGUUAGAAUUUGAGGAAAUUGACCGAUUGAUAUACCUUAAGGCAGCGUUGUCCGAGAGCCUAAGGUUGUACCCUUCCGUACCGGAGGACUCAAAGCAUGUGGUAUACGACGACGUUUUGCCCGAUGGCACAUUCGUGCCCGCCGGAUCGUCGGUGACGUAUUCCAUAUAUGCGACGGGGAGGAUGAAAUCGACGUGGGGAGACGAUUGCCUGGAGUUUCGUCCGGAGAGGUGGCUAUCUCCCGAUGGUAAGUUCAUAAUGCAUGACUCAAAUAAAUUUGUAGCAUUCAACGCCGGUCCAAGAAUAUGUCUAGGGAAGGACUUGGCUUACUUGCAAAUGAAGUCGGUAACCGCGUCAGUUUUGCUCAGCCACCGUCUCACGGUGGUGCCGGGCCACAAGGUGGAGCAAAAGAUGUCGUUGACGUUGUUCAUGAAGUAUGGACUCAUGGUGAAUGUGCACAAAAGGGAGCUGGGGGCAAUUGUGUCAAGCAUUGAAAAGGAGAUGGCAAUGGAGGGAUAAUUGCAAGGGGAAGAGCAAGAGUGUGGCCGUUAAAUGUAACGGCGUCGGUGGCGGUGGAGUGGUGGUUGGGUGGCUUAAGAGGGUGUUUAAUUUUUGGGGUGGUGGAACCCAUGGGAAACGGGAGGGGACUCAGGGGUAUAAUGGGAAUUUGGUAAGCAAAGCCCAUUGUGGUAGCUUUCCCUUGUAAGCAAAAAGCUUUGCAAAUUUUUAUUUACAUUUAAUAUUCUUUAAGUUCUUGUUUGUUCGGAUUUCAUAAAUUACUUUUAUCAAUAUUUAUUACCAUUCAUUUGCAAGACA